CUGUUGACUAGUAAAAUGAAACAAAUUAUAGUGAACAGCAACUCUAAGGAUUCAUGCAGAAAGAGUUUAGAAGAUGCCAUCAUCAUGUCUACGAAGCUCGCAACUACGUCAGGCACUACAAAUGACACUGGGAGAACUUUGGGAGCUAGUUUAACACCUGUAGCAUUGAUUAUUGAUGGUACCAGCCUUGUUUAUAUUCUUGACUCUGAACUCGAAGAAAUGCUCUUCGAGUUAGCCUGUAAUUGUUCUGUGGUUUUGUGUUGUCGAGUGGCCCCAUUACAGAAAGCCGGAAUUGUUGCCCUUGUAAAGAAGAGGACUUCAGACAUGACACUUGCCAUUGGCGAUGGUGCUAAUGAUGUUUCAAUGAUCCAAAUGGCGGAUGUGGGGUUUGGCAUUAGAGGCCAAGAGGGUAGGCAAGCUGUAAUGGCAUCAGAUUUUGCAAUGGGACAGUUCAGAUUCAUAGUUACUCUUUUGUUGGUCCAUGGGCAUUGGAAUUACCAGCGGAUGGGCUACAUGAUAUUAUACAAUUUUUACAGGAAUGCAGUGUUUGUACUUGUAUUAUUCUGGUAUGUGCUUUUUACUUGUUUUACUUUGAGCACUGCAAUCAAUGAGUGGAGUAGUGUGUUGUAUUCUGUAAUCUACACAUCGGUGCCUACGACUGUUGUUGGUAUUCUUGACAAGGACCUAAAUCGAUGGACACUUUUGAAGCAUCCUCAGAUGUAUGGGGCUGGGCACCGAGAAGAAAGCUAUAACAAGAGACUCUUUUGGAUAACAAUGAUUGAUACCGUCUGGCAAAGUGCAGUUGUCUUUUUCAUUCCUCUUCUCGCAUACUGGAGCAGCACCAUUGAUGCAUCAUGUUAUAUUGGUUAA